GAGUAAUGAGGGCGGAUGGUGAGAGCAGGGAGCAGCAGCAGCAGUGGAGGACGAGGAGGAGAUGGAGAAGGGGGAGGAGGCAGCAGGCGCGGGAAGAGCCGGCGGCACUCCCGCCGGAGGCACCUGUCAGCCAAGUGCCCCGGCGCCGACAACAUGUCCCCUGCCGUGAGGAAUGUGGAGUGUUUCUCACCCAUGCUGUGCCACUGCAAGGUGGCCUGCACCAACAGCACCAUCUCCCUCAUGUUCGGCUGCAAGAAAUACAGGAACCGCGAUGAGGACUCGUCCCCUCAGGACCACAGCUCCCCUCAGCUGACAGAGGAGGGGGUGGGGCCAGAACUGGUGCAGGUAUCAGAGAAGAACCUUUCCCAGAUUGAGAAUGUGCACGGAUACGUCACCCAUGCUCACAUCUCGCCCAUGAAGGUCUCGUCUCUGGAGUGCGUCUUUGACGGUCUGUCAGCGUUAGGACAGGAGCGCUCGGAGCUCCCCUCACCCACCUCCUCCACCCUCGACCCCCACGCCGAGGACAGCCCCCUCCCUUCCUGCUCCUCCAAUCCCUAUCCCCCCAUCCAGCAGGCUGACGCCGCCCCGCCUUCCUCUCCCAUAAUCCCUGUGAUCCCAGUUUCGCCAAUCCCAGCUGAUUCCGCCGCCGUCCCUCUGACGCCACAGGCCAACCCGCCUCCUGUCGUGGUCAACACAGACAGCCUGGACACGCCUCCUUAUGUGAACGGGACAGAAGCUGAUUAUGAGUAUGAGGAGAUCACACUGGAGCGGGGGAACUCGGGGCUGGGCUUCAGCAUCGCAGGUGGGACUGACAACCCUCACAUUGGUGAGGACCCGAGCAUCUUCAUCACCAAAGUCAUACCAGGAGGCGCCGCUGCUCAGGACGGCCGGCUCAGGGUCAAUGAUGUCAUCCUACGAGUUAAUGAGGUGGAUGUUCGCGAUGUGACGCACAGUCGCGCCGUGGAGGCGCUGAAGGAGGCGGGGUCUCUGGUACGACUUUACGUCCGCAGGAGGAAACCUGCAUCCGAGAAAGUGAUGGACAUCAAACUGGUGAAGGGCCCCAAAGGACUGGGUUUCAGUAUAGCCGGGGGAGUCGGGAACCAGCACAUUCCGGGUGACAACAGCAUCUACGUGACAAAGAUCAUCGAAGGAGGUGCUGCACAUAAAGACGGGAGGCUGCAGAUCGGAGACAAGCUGCUGGCUGUGAACAGUGCUUGCCUGGAGGAAGUCAGCCACGAACACGCCGUCACUGCCUUGAAAAACACCCCUGAUGUUGUCUACUUGAAAGUGGCAAAACCCAGCAGUGUCUUGAUGAACGACAGCUUUGCACCACCUGACCUCACCAACUCCUACACGCAGCAUAUGGAGAACCAUAUCAGCCCGCCCCCUCUCCUGGGUCAGCUCCACCCCCCAGCCUCCUCAGGACGCUAUUCCCCAACGCCCAAGAGCAUGCUGGGAGAUGACGAUGUCACCAGGGAGCCGAGGAAGGUGGUGCUGCAUCGCGGAGCAACGGGUUUGGGCUUCAAUAUUGUGGGAGGGGAGGACGGUGAGGGGAUCUUCAUCUCCUUCAUCCUUGCCGGAGGACCAGCAGACCUCUGUGGAGAGCUGAGGAAAGGAGACCGCCUGGUGUCGGUGAACGGUGUAGACCUCCGUAACGCUACGCACGAACAGGCAGCGGCUGCCUUGAAGAAUGCCGGACAAAUGGUGACCAUCAUCGCCCACUACAGACCAGAAGAGUACAGCCGGUUCGAGGCAAAGAUUCAUGACCUGAGAGAGCAGAUGAUGAACAGCAGCAUCAGUUCUGGGUCUGGAUCCCUGCGGACAAGCCAGAAGAGGUCGCUAUACGUGAGAGCUCUGUUUGACUACGACAAGACCAGAGACUCGGGUCUGCCCAGUCAAGGACUCAACUUCAAGUUUGGUGACAUCCUGCAUGUGGUGAACGCGUCUGAUGACGAGUGGUGGCAGGCGAGACAGCUGACGGCUCAGGGCGAGGUGGAGGAAGUGGGCGUCAUCCCCAGCAAGAGACGAGUGGAGAAGAAGGAAAGGGCGAGACUAAAGACGGUGAAGUUUAAUGCCAAGUCUCGAGACAGAGGGCAGUCUGUCAAUGACAAGCGUAAAAAGAACCUCUUUUCCCGAAAGUUUCCGUUCUACAAGAGCAAAGAGGCGAGCGAGCAGGAGACCAGCGACGUCGACCAACACGUGACCUCUAACGCCAGCGAUAGUGAGAGUAGUUACCGUGGGCUGGAGGAGUACGUUCUGUCUUACGAACCCGUCGUCCAGCAGGAAGUGAACUACACCCGACCCAUCAUCGUCCUUGGCCCCAUGAAAGAUCGGAUCAACGAUGACCUGAUCUCAGAGUUUCCUGAUAAGUUUGGAUCCUGCGUCCCCCACACGACGCGGCCGAAGCGGGACUACGAGGUGGAUGGCAGAGACUAUCACUUUGUGGUGUCCAGGGAACAGAUGGAGAAGGACAUCCAGGACCACCGCUUCAUCGAGGCGGGCCAGUACAACAACCACCUGUACGGAACCAGUGUGCAGUCAGUCCGCGAGGUGGCUGAGAAGGGUAAACACUGCAUCCUGGAUGUUUCAGGGAACGCCAUCAAGAGGCUUCAGCUGGCUCAGCUCCACCCCAUCGCCAUCUUCAUCAAACCCAAAUCUGUCGAGAACAUCAUGGAGAUGAACAAGCGUCUGACGGAGGAACAGGGCAAGAAAACCUUUGACAGAGCGACCAAGCUGGAGCAGGAGUUCACGGAGCAUUUCACAGCCGUCGUUCAGGGCGACACGCUGGAGGAGAUCUAUGAGCAGGUGAAGCAGAUCAUCGAGGAGCAGUCAGGUCCCUUCAUCUGGGUUCAGGCCAAGGAGAAGUUAUGAAGCCCGCGUCCGACGGCGGCCCCAACUGACACGCGUAUUUUACUUUCCUAUGCCUGCAGAGGCCGCUGUUGUUGGACAGUUUGGUUACGCAGAGACCAGCAAAGCACACGAGUCCCAGAACGAAACAAAACUGCGGUACACGAAGAAAUUCACAGGUGAAGACAAAGACGGCGAGUCUGUAAAAAGUGUCAAACGUACGAAAGCAAUCUUUAAUUUUUAUCUUUUUUAAUGCAGCUUUUUUUGGGUGGGUGGUUUCAGCGGCAGGUUCAGUCCAUCAGUCAGGGAGGCGGAGACACAAAGCAGAUUUUGCACGUUUGAGCUUUAAGAACACGUUGUUCUGCUCCCCCUUUUUUCCCAUCAGACAUCGCAGCAUGUGAUGUCACAACAGCAGCUCCGUGCGCCAAUACCCCCCCCCCCCCCAAAAAAAACAAACAAAAACCCACUCGCUCUUUGCAGCUGCUGGCCGUUUGUCACGAGAUGCUGCAGGUUUCUGCUUGACCGCUAGAGGGCGCCACCACACUUCACAAGAAACCUGAGUGCUUUAUUUUUUAUGAUUUUAUGCCACAAAAAAAGUUUAAUUUCCACUCACGGUUUGAUGCUGAAGAAACAAACUACUGUGAACCUUUAACCCUGAUUUUACAAAAUGAGGCAGAACGAGAACCACUGAAGGUCCGGUGGAACUGUUCUUCAGUACCUGAAUCCGUCGCUGUGGUGACACAAAUCCGGUUCUUCUGGAUUAGUUUAAAAAUAACUUCUUAAAUUCAAACAUUUUUUGUAUCCAAGAGUCAAAUUUCAAAUUACUUGUUUUCACAAUUAUGUGACAAAUUUUAAGAAUAAUAGUCUUCAGGUCACAAGAAUAUUUUGGAUUAAAAGGAGAGGUCGGAGGUCACAGCAGCGACUUAACGAAGCCUAAUUUUGCUAAAACAUUUUUUAAGACUUGGUUUGGUGCGUUAGCGCCCUCUGUGGUCCACCAGCGUUUUGUGUCUUAGCAUUUCUGGUCAUGUGGUUGGUGUUUGUGUGAGGGGGGCGGGGCAGAAACAGUCGUUGUCCAAUGAGAUUUUGACAGAUAUUUAACCCUCGAAACUGCCUAUUUUGUUAUAAUAAAAGUCUAUAUUGAAGUUCGGCUUGACGACGGGAUUAUUUUCUUCUUAUCGGAAAUUGUAUAUGAAAAGUAAACAGAUUUGAAUAUGGAUAUAUAUAUUUUUCUUUUUCUUCAAUCUUCACCUUCUGUCUUUAAUUUUCUUUUUUAAAACAGAAAUAAAAAUG